CAACAGCAGCAACCCACCAGCAGCCAACAUGAGCAAUACCAGCAUGAACAUGAGGGGCAAGAUCAUCUUCUACGAGGAGAAGAACUUCCAGGGUCGCUCCUAUGAGUGUAUGAGCGACUGCUCCGACAUGACCUCCUACCUGAACAGGUGCCAGUCCUGCAGGGUGGAGAGUGGCUGCUUCAUGGUCUACGACCGCCCCAACUUCAUGGGAAACCAGUACUUCAUGAGGAGGGGCGAGUACGCCGACCAUAUGAGCAUGAUGGGAAUGAGGGACUGCAUCAAGUCUUGCCGUAUGAUCCCCAUGCACAGAGGUCAGUUCAGGAUGAAGAUCUACGAGAGGGAGAACUUCGGUGGUCAGAGCCACGAGCUGAUGGACGACUGUGACAACAUCAUGGAGCGUUACCGCAUGUCCGACUGCAUGUCCUGCAACGUGAUGGACGGCCACUGGCUGAUGUACGAGCAGCCCCACUUCAGAGGCAAGAUGAUGUACCUGAGGCCCGGAGAGUACAGGAGCUUCAGGGAGAUGGGCAUGAGCGGCACCAGGUUCAUGAGCAUGAAGCGCAUCAUGGACUCCUGUUAAAUCUUUCACAAAUGAUAACUGAAUGUUAUAUGUCACCUAAUAAAACAUUUCUGCACAUACC